AUGGGAACAAUAAAAGAUUUGUCUUCAAUCUCUGAAGAUAAUUUUCUUCAAUUACUUCGAGAUAUUCUUGAUCAAUAUUUCGAUCGUCUUCCAUCAUCAAAACAAACACUUGACAUUGAUCCACAAACUCGCAAACAAGUUGAACAACUUCUUCGAAGUACAAAUCCAUCAUCAAAUAAAAUAUCCACAAAUGAUUUACCUGAACAUUUACAAAAACUUUAUUUAAAUUUUGUAAAUGAUUAUCGACGUGAUAUUGAACGAUAUCAUAUUCAACAUUCUAGUCAAUAUAUAGAUGAAUAUCGUUUGAAAAAUUUUGAUUGGAAUAUUCGAAUUGCUCUUCACGAUGAACAUUUAUUUAAAUGUCGUUUACCACUUGUUAAUCUUGAUUUAGAAUUAACAAAUGAAAAAGAUUCGAAAAAUAUUCUUCUUGAACUAAAUGAACAAGAAUUAAACCGAUUAAUUGAUGAAAUGACUAAAAUUGAACAGGCUAUGAAUAAUACCAAUGUUCUUCUUACACAGUGA